AUGGCGUUCUUCCAGGAGAAAGGAAACGCCACACUGUGGUAUCCUGACAUCCCCAGGGCUCUGCACAAGAUGGUGACUCCCACACCAAGCUCUCAACUUGCCCACAGUGGGCACCAGGUGGGAGCCGGGAAGGCUGCAGUGAGAGUGAGGACCCGGCGGGCAGGCAGCACCAUGAGUUGUAGUCGGCUCUCCUCGUCCUUCCGGGGCAGCGGGGGCAGCAUGCGGGCUUCCUCCAGCCGCUGCUCGGGCGCUGGGGGCGGAGGGGGCCGCUUCAGCUCUGCCAGUAGCUUCGGUGGGGGCCGCUCUCAGGCCGGUGGCUGGGGAGGCGGAGGUGGUUACGGCGGAGGGUUCGGAGAGGGCUUCAGUGCCGGGAGCUCGGCUAGUCUCCUUGGAGGAGGCGGAGCUGGAGGAGGCUUUGUUGGGUCUGGGGGCUUCGGUGGAAGCGCUGAAGGUGGCAUCCUGCACAUCAACGAGAAGGUCGUCAUGCAGAAUCUCAAUUCUCGGCUGGCCUCCUACUUGGAUAAGGUGCAGUCACUAGAGGAAGCCAACGCCGGCCUGGAGAGACAGAUUCAGGAAUGGUAUAACAAGAAGGGGUCCCGGGUCUUCCAGAAGGACUACGCUCAUUUUUACGACGUUAUCGAGGACCUCAAGAACAAGAUUGUGGAUCUGACCGUGGACAACAGUAAAACUCUCCUGGACUUGGAUAACACUCGCAUGACGCUGGAUGACUUCAGGAUGAAGCUUGAAGUGGAGCAGAACCUGCGGCAAGGGGCGGAGGCCGACAUCAAUGGUCUGCAGAAGGUGCUGGAUGAUCUGACCAUGAAGAACUCUGACUUAGAGAUACAGUUUGACACUCUGCAGAGUGAGAUGAAGGGCCUCAACGAGAGCCAUCAGGAGGAGAUGAGCCAGUUGACUGGCCAGAAUGAUGGCGAUGUCAAUGUGGAGAUAAAUGUUGCUCCUAGCAAAGAUCUGACCCAGAUCCUCAACCACAUGCGCCAGGAGUAUGAACAGCUCAUCUCUAGGAACCGUAAGGAAAUUGAACAACAAUAUGAGUCCAAGAUGACCCAGAUUGAGCAAGAGGUGACAAAGAGUGGCCAGGAGAUGGACAGCAACAUGAAGGAGGUGUCCGAGCUCCGGCGCAAUGCCCAGGAGUUGGAGAUCGAGCUGCAAGCUCAGCUCAGCACGAAAUCGGCCCUGGAGAAGGCCUUGGAAGACACAAAGAACCGCUACGGCGAACUGCUGCAGCAGAUCCAGGAGCAGAUCACAGAGCUGGAGGCCCAGAUCUCUGAGGUUCGGGCGGAAAGCGAGUGCCAGAGUCAGGAAUACAGCAUUCUGCUUAGCAUCAAGACACGGCUAGAGCAGGAAAUUGAGACCUACCGCAACCUCCUUGAAGGCGGCCAGGAAGACUUUGAAUCUUCUGGAGCUGGACAAAUUGGCUUUAGAAGUGGCAAAGGAAGACAAGGAGGAAAUGGGUCUAGAGGAGGAAGUGGAGGCAGCCAUGGUGGAGGAAGUAGUUCUGGAGGAGGAAGUGGAGGCAGUUAUGGAGGAGGAAGUAGUUCUGGAGGAGGAAGUGAGUCCAGGAGAGGAAGUGGAGGUGGCUAUGGAGGAGGAAGUAGUUCUGUAGGAGGAAGUGGAAGCAGCUAUGGUGGAGGAAGUAGUUCUGGAGGAGGAAGCGGAGGUGGCUAUGGUGGAGGAAGUAGUUCUGGAGGAGGAAGCGGAGGUGGCUAUGGUGGAGGAAGUAGUUCUGGAGGAGGAAGUGGAGGCGGCUAUGGUGGAGGAAGUAGUUCUGGAGGAGGAAGCAGAGGUGGCUAUGGUGGAGGAAGAAGUGGGUCCAGGGGAGGAAGUGGAGGUGGCUGUGGUGGAGGAAGUAGUUCUGGAGGAGGAAGUGGAGGCGGCUAUGGUGGAGGAAGUAGUUCUGGAGGAGGAAGCGGAGGUGGCUAUGGUGGAGGAAUUCUGGAGGAGGAAGCAGAGGUGGCUAUGGUGGAGGAAGUAGUUCUGGAGGAGGAAGCAGAGGUGGCUAUGGUGGAGGAAGUAGAUCUGGAGGAGGAAGUGGAGGUGGCUAUGGUGGAGGAAGUAGUUCUGGAGGAGGAAGAAGAGGCAGCUAUGGUGGAGGAAGUAGUUCUGGAGGAGGAAGUGGAGGCAGCUAUGGAGAAGGAAGUGGGUCUAAGGGAGAAAGUGGGGGAAACUAUGAAGGAGGAAGUAGUUCUGGAGGAGGAAGUGGAGGCAGCUAUGGUGGAGGAAGUAGUUCUGGAGGAGGAAGCAGAGGAGGCAGUUAUGGUGGAGGAAGUAGUUCUGGAGGAGGAAGUGGGUCCAGGGGAGGAAGUGGAGGUGGCUAUGGUGGAGGAAGUAGUUCGGGAGGAGGAAGUGGAGGUGGCUAUGGUGGAGGAAGUAGUUCUGGAGGAGGAAGUGGAUCCAGGGUAG